AUGAUUUUAAUUCGAAAUAACUGUCCUGAAAUUAAUAUUUGGGAAGAAAACACCGUAUUUGGUACUGGAUUCAGCCUGGCUAAAGGCCGCUGCACCGGCUCUGUUAACAUGGACAUUUUUAUUACGUUGUUGGAUUCGAUUGCUUCUGAAAAACCUGGUGACCAAUCUGAUGAAUCUGAAAAAGCAUGGUCUGCUAUUGCUUACAUUGACCGUGCAUUAAUGGUAUCUGAAGCUGCAAACAUAUCACUUCAUUUAGACACUGCGGCUACAAAACACUUAAUCUGUGAUUCCCGCUAUUUUGAUGAAUUAGAUAAAACUUUUAAAUCCAAUAUCUAUUGUGCAAAUGGUUCAAUUCUCCAUGUUGAAGGAAAUGGUACUGUUCGUAUCCCUACAAAGGCUGGUCGUAUUAAACUCACUAACGUUUAUUACACUCCAAACGGUUCUGUUAGCUUAAUUUCAGUGUCUGCUGCUGCUAAACAAGGAUUUACGUUCAGUUUCAAUGCUCAAGGUUGUACUGUUUCUUCGGCUAAUUCAUCACCGGUUUUGAUUGCUCCACUUAAUGCAUCCAAUUUAUACAGAAUCCCCAUUGAUUGUUCUUCCUGUGAUGCUUGUAAUCUGAAUAAACUGUUAGUUCAUAUACCAUCUACUACUUUGCAUUCUGUUUUAUAUUCUGUUGGUGAAAAAUUACACGUGGAUGUAUGUGGUCCCAUUUCUACUUCUGCUACUGGUGAAUCUUAUUUUUUAACAAUUGUUGAUGAUGCUUCUCGUUAUAUUUACUGUUAUCCAAUCAAAUCUACUAAAGAAUGUGCAUCCCUCAUUAUUACUGUCAUUCGUUUAGUUCUGAAUCAAAACCCAUACGGUAAUACGGUGAAAAUUCUACAAUCGGAUAAUGGCUCUGAAUUUGUCAAUCAUCGUUUAUUGCAAGAGCUAAAUCUUCGUGGAAUUCAUCAUAACCUUAGUGGACCUCACCAUUCUUACCAGAAUGGUUUGGCUGAAAGGACUCACAGAUCUAUCAAACAAGUUGCUCGUACGUUAUUACAUCAAGCUGGUGCUCCAUUUGGAUUGUGGUCGGAAGCUGUUUCUACUGCUACUUAUAUCUUCAACAUUUUGCCUCGAAAAUUUUCAUCUGAUCGUAUGCUUCCACAUAAGACUCCAUAUGAAAAUCUGCUCUUUUAA